AUGGCAGUAGCCCACGAGGAGUUGAAAGAGCGGGAAGUUGAACCUGAAAUAGAGGUUCUGGGCCGCGACAUAGUCUACUUUGGUCCACUUUCGGAAGGAUUACUGAAAUAUACCGCGGAUGAAACUUGGCAGACUGUCUUGGGUCAGGUAGCAGCAAUGGUUGCCGGAGCUGAGUUAAGUUUUCAUCUGUCAAAUUGGCAGGAAAGCGAGUUUCCAAACAUCAACGCUGAAGCAAAGAGAAUGCUAUCGAGAAUCAUGAAUCUCGAUCCGGCGAAAAGAGCCACUAUCGAUGAGAUUCUAGAUGACCCGUAUUGGAAAUAA